CGUCCAAGGGCAAAAGCUCAAUAUCGAGUCGAGGCGGGAAAGCGAUUGCCAUCACCACACUAUCCAACCCCUCAUAUUGAAAAUACAGUCAAAAUGGGAGGCGGUCCUAAGGUUCCCUACCCCAAGCACGUCUGGUCGCCGGCCGGUGGUUGGUACGCCCAGCCUGCGAACUGGAAGCGUAACACCGCCGUCAUCGGUGCCGUCAUGGCCGGUGUCGUUGCCGUUAUCUGGAAGAUCAGCGCCGAGAAGGAGGUGCGCUACGUGAUGCCUCAGGAGGGCCGAUUCUUCCCCAGCAGAUACUGGUCGAAGCAAUUGAUCGAGUACGACAGAGAACAGGCCGCGAGGAAGGCCAAGGAUACGACGCAGGCGGAGGCGAUUCAGAACUCAUAAACGACGACUCGGACGGUCGGAAAACUUUGUACAAUGUAAAUACGGUACCCCAGGAAUUGAGCGCCGCGCGGUAGCGGUAGUUGCGAACACUGGACGGCCCCGCGAUGGAUUGCUCGCUCAGUGAUACAUGGAUUGUGUUGUUCAGUGAACCCUUAAGAAACAGAUUGAAACGGCGGCGUCCGACCUUUGCCGAUUCAAUAAGCUCAAUUGCUAGGAGCCCGCGGCCUUGACCAGAGCCUUCGGUUUUGCCCAGCAGGAGAACGACGAAUCUCACCAUUGAAUGGUUGAGAAGCAGAUCUCGAGAAUGCAGAAUCGCCUAUGCUCACCUCGAUAUUCCCGGUCAUCAACUAUGAGAUACUCACCUAGAAACGCGAGCAUGCCUCAAAGCGCCGAGCCGUGAGCAGUGACAGCAU